CUGAGGAACGUCGAACUUCGAAUACUUUUCGAAUGCAGAGACACCGACGCUUGCAAACUCCACCAAAAAUACAGCAAAAAAACAAUAAUAUAGGUCGUUGCUUUCAAGAAACAACAACAUCCGUUCGCCAUAUUUCCGAUACAGUUCAUAACUGCUCUUAUUGUAAUGCAAAACUUUUUUUAACUGAAACACAAGAAAUGUGCUGCAAAGAUGGAAUCUACAUGUUCAGGGUACAAGGCGGGAUUUACCACUCUAUAGGAUCCCUUUUUCCAAUCGAUGGAGUACCUAGAUUCCUUCAGUUAUAUAUAUAUGAUACUGAGUACGAAACAGAUAACAGGCUUUCCAUUAUGCCUAAACUUCAUCGCGACACUUUAGAAUUCAUUAAAACAUUAUUAAACCAAUUGAACCUCUUCGUAACCAAUUUUCGUUCGAUUAGCUCAAAUAAUAACAUUAAUAAUCUUCAUUUACUUAUCAGAGCUGAUCAUAAGUUAGACCAACCUAUUUACAAUAAACCAACCGCCUCACAAGUAGCAGCUGUAUGGGUGGAAGGGAAUAACCCUAUAGAAUACACAAAGCGUGACAUAAUUAUCCAAUCAUGGUCCCAAGGUUUACGUAGAGUUUCUGAGCUAAGCGGGACAUAUGAUCCAAGCAAUACCCGCUUAUUUUUCCGAACGGUGAUUAUGGAUGGAAUCCCGAGAUAUUACAAAAUAUGUCUCAAAAAAAAAUUAUUUCAACAAUACAUUGUUGACAAUUAUGUUAAAAUCGAAUCUGCACGCAUUAACUAUUUACGCUUUUCACAAAACAAGAUUCGUAGCGAACUUUACCAGGGUUUGCAAGAUUCUUUUCAGGCUGGUAUAUCUAAUGCAUCGCAAGUAGGACGUCGUAUUGUCUUACCUUCAUCGUUCAUAGGUGGGCCACGUGAAAUGUACCAACGCUACCAAGAUGCAAUGGCGUUGGUACAAGCCUAUGGAAGACCAGACAUAUUUAUCACCAUCACGU